UCUGGCUUUUAACUUGCAGAAAAGCCAAGGCCCUCCAAGUUUCAUCACAUUUCCUGUGAAUCAGACGGGCAUCUCGGGUGGAGUUGCUUCAUUUGUGUGCCAGGCCAGAGGAGAGCCAAAACCCAGAAUCACCUGGUUCAAGACAGGCAAGAAGGUCAGCAGCCAGCGAUUUGAGGACAUGCUUCCUGUGAAUCUCAGCAGCAGCGACGGGCGCCUCAAACAGCUUCGCUCAGGAGCGCUGCAAAUUGAGAACAGUGAGGAGUCGGAUCAGGGGAAAUAUGAAUGUGUCGCCACAAACAGCCUUGGUGUGCGUUACUCUGGUCCCGCCAAUCUCUACGUACGAGUACGAAGAGUCCCGCCCAGAUUCUCCGUUUUACCCUCCAACCAGGAAGUGAUGGCAGGCAGCAGUGUCAGUCUAACAUGUGUAGCAGUGGGCUCACCAAUGCCAUAUAUCAAGUGGACCAUGGGCCCGGUGGACCUGUCCAAAGAGGACGGGAUGCCAUUAGGGCGCAAUGUGCUGGAGCUCACCAACAUUCAAGAAUCAGCAAACUACACAUGUGUGGCCAUGUCUAGUCUGGGCAUGAUUGAAGCUACUGUUCAGGUUACUGUGAAAGAUAUUUAUGGUGAGCUUGAUGUCUGCCAGCGCAAACUCAGACAAAAACUGAAAAGGUUUGAAUACAUUUAUGAGGGAACAGUACGGCAUAGGGACCAGACUCUUCUCAACAAGGUGUACACUGAGCUCUACAUCACAGAAGGACUCAGUGAAACUGUUAACAAUGAACAUGAGGUCAGGCAGAUUGAGGCUGCAUCGAGGAGAUCAAUGACAAAAGAUAAGCAAAUCAAAUGCGAAGACAUAUUUAAUUCUCUUUGUGGAUCCCGUAGAUUCAUCAGAACUGUGCUCACUACAGGCAUUGCUGGUAUUGGAAAAACUAUCUCUGUGCAGAAGUUUAAUCUUGAAUGGGCAGAAGGAAGAGUUAACCAGGAUAUUCAGCUCCUUAUUAAUUUACCAUUUCGGGAGCUGAAUCUGAUGAAGGAGAGAAGAUGCACUCUAACAGAACUUCUUCACAAUUUUCUCACAGAGGCAAAAGAGUCAGGAAUUUCAGAUUUUAGCAAAUAUAAGCUUGUGCUGAUAUUUGAUGGGCUGGAUGAGUGCCGGCUUCCUCUUGACUUCAACAACAAUGAGCCUCGUUCUUGUGUCUCAGAGCAAGUUCCAGUAGAUGUGCUUCUCACAAAUCUGUUCAAGGGGAACCUGCUGCCCUCUGCACACAUCUGGAUUACCACCAGACCCGCAGCUGCACGUCGCAUUCCAGUUAACUGUGUUGAUCGCGUGACAGAAAUACGAGGGUUUAAUGAUCCACAAAAGGAAGAAUAUUUCAGGAAAAAAAUCUCUGAUCAAAACAUGGCCAGUCGAGUCAUUUCACAUGUUCAGUCAACCAGGAGCCUUCAUAUCAUGUGCCAUAUUCCAGUCUUCAGCUGGAUAUCUGCCACUGUCCUGCAGAAGAUUUUAGAAGAAAAAAGCCACGAGAGUAGAGGAGAAAUGCCCAACACACUGACAAAAAUGUACACACAUUUUCUUGUGCACAACUCAUUGAUCAAAUGUCAGAAGUAUUCACUCAGGGGAGAGGUUUGCGAAACCCAAUCACAGGUCAAAAUGAAUGAAGAGAAUAUCUUGAAGCUUGGAAAACUAGCCUUUGAGCAGCUACUGAAGGGAAACAUAAUCUUCUAUGAGAAUGAAAUCAGCGAGUACGAAAUAAAUGUCAGCGACACUGCACUAUAUUCAGGAGUAUUCACAGAGAUCUCAAAGAAUGAUUUUGGAAUUCAUCUAAAGAGAUCAUAUUGCUUUGUGCACCUCAGCAUUCAGGAGUAUUUUGCUGCAGUGUAUGUUUUCCACACCUUCAUUUGCUCUAACCUAAACUUGUUGGAACCAGAAGGAUCCCUCACUGUCCGAGAGGCUUCUACUGAAGUAACUGGCCUUCUCCAAAGUGCAGUGGAUAAGGCCUUGCAAAGUGAGAAUGGUCAGCUUGAUCUUUUUCUCCGCUUCCUUCUUGGCCUCUCACAGGAAUCAGAUCAGUUGAAGAGUAUUCUUGCCACAAUGAGGAGUACUUUACCAAGUAAUGAGGAAGUUAUUGAGUACAUCAAGGAGAAAAUCAGUCAAACUCUUUCCCCAGAAAGAUGCAUCAAUCUCUUCCACUGCCUCAGUGAGCUUAAUGACCAGUCUCUUGUAGAGGAGAUCCAGAAGUGUCUGAGUUCUGGUAGUUUGUCAGAGAUCACACUUUCACCUUCACUUUGGUCUGCUCUGGUUUUUGUGUUGCUGACAUCCAAGGAUGAGUUGAAUGAGUUUGAUCUGAGAAAAUAUUCCAGAUCUGAGGAGGGUCUCCAGCGGCUGUUACCGGUGAUUAAGGAAUCCAAAAUAGCUUUGUGA